AGAUAUGAAGUAACCUCAAGGUCCUGAUAGAUUGAUAACAGUGUCAGAGUGCCAGUAUAGAGCCGAGAACCGUGCCUACCCAUAGCACAGUCAGCCUCCCGGUCCUGCCUCACUUCUACUCGCUUUAUCACUUCUCGCGGACGCUGUUUGGCCGUGGCUCUUGUGACUGUUUCGUGACUCGUAUCUUUGCAUAGUUUGUAGUGAAAAAAAGUCUGAUUAUAAGGCGAGACUGAGACUAAGACUGAUUUUACUGGGGUGGCUUCAUUAAAGAGCUAUUCGUAUUGAACAUCACGUGUUGAGGAGAGAGGAGCCAUGGCCGAAUCACAUUCUCAGGAGACAUCUAUGAGGACCCCCACGCUGCUCGGGACAUAUCCUGGGAUCUACAACAGCACCUGCCCCGAGCACAGGUGCAUUGAGGAGCUCCACCUGGUCUGCGUGAACUUCCUGUGCAAGUGCCUCACGGGUUACAGUCCAGACUCGCAAGGUGGAUGCAAGAGCGACGCCGCGAGCAUUGUGGUAACAUGGAUCUCCCGCGCAAUCAUCACCGCGUUUGUUCUGUUCAUCUGCGUCGUUAUACUUUACCUUAUGUUCAGUCGCAGUUCAAGCCGGGAACGGCGAGGCUCGGGAGAGUCGCUGCUGGAGGGCGAGGGGAGCGGCCAAGCCUGCUGGUACGACGCCCCUCCGCCCUACGUCGAGGUAGUCCCGCCGCCGCCCUCCUACCAGGAAGCCAUCUCGCAUGCGGAGAAAACUUCACGAGCAAGCGACGCGCAGCCGGCCUCUAGCGACGACCCAAGCGCACCUGCCCCGCCCACCGGCUUCCCGGGGCUCACCUACACGACGGACGCGCCGAUCCGGGACUUCGCAAGGACGUCCUGCGACUUCGACUUCCCUUCGCCCUUCGACACGAGGCCACCGCAGGACCAGGUCGCUACGCCCGUUCGCCCUGUCACCGCACAGCACAGUGACGUGGUAAUACACAUAUGAGCCGGCUACGAGGCUGUCGUUGCGCUUUUCAUGAAUCCGGCUUUUGGUGCCGCAUUAACGAGGUGACGAGACCGGACGCGGCUGACCGGCUGAACAAGUAAGGCCGAACGAGCGGUCGUUAUCUGGAACCCUCUGGGGGCGCCACUGGAAGGGGCUCCUGGGUGGAAGGAGGUCCAUUUAUUUUUCUAACGAAGAAAGAAGUCGUUACCCUUCCUCUGUUUAACCAUAACCAAUUAACAACUUCAGUAGUUAUAAUACCGUAUGUUAUAUCUCUGUAUCUUUUUUAACAUGUAAAAAUACAAUUCUCUAUAUUUUGUUGCCAUUUAUAUGUUAGUACAACGGACUAGUAUGUUCAUUACUGUAUUAGUAUGAUUUCGGCGAGAUGUCAACAUACUUGAGUGUGUUUACGACACUGUCAAUACGUUAGUAUCUCUCAGUGUUUUGUCACUGUUAGUGUUAGUAUCUUUGACUCAGUGUUUUGUCACUGUUAGUGUUAGUAUCUUUGACUCAGUGUUUUGUCACUGUUAUUGUUACUAUAGUUUUUUGUCACUAUUAAUACAUUAGUACCUUUGACUCAGUGUUUUGUCACUGUCAGUUCGUUAGUAUAUUUGACUCGUUAUGCCACUGUAGUAUAUUUGACACUAGGCAUUUGUUUCCAUUAACAGUAUUUCCUUUGUUCUAUGUGGUCCCAACCGUAUUGCAUCAUCCCUUACAUCCCAUUUUUUUUAGUCUUUCAUCUUCAUCUCAGUAUCCAUUAAGCCCAAAGAGAGGACAAAGAACGUCAAUUUAUACGAAUACGGCCAUAUGAAUGAUGGCAUUCUUGAAAGAGAUCUUCCUCGCCUGUUUUCCACUUUUCGAAUAUUUAUAGAUCUUUUUUGUCAAUCCUGUCCCACUUUCUUUAUUUCAAUAAAAAAUUGCAGGGUUA